AUGAAAGGUGGAAGGAAGAUGAGUCCACGGGAUAUCUCUGAAGCUCCUAUGGUUCACCUUAAUGCAUUCACGGUCUUGGAGGAGUUGGAGUCGGCCUCUACUUCCAUACAAUCGAAUAUCUUAAACAAGAUUGAUGAUGUGGAAGAGCUGUUAGAGGAGGGUGAGGCAACAUUCUUGAAUCUAGGAAUCUCAGAUCAUUGUCCUAUUCUUUUGAAUAUUUUGGAGGAGAAGAAUAUUGGACCAAAACCUUUUAGGUUUUUUGAGACUUGGACAGAGCAUGAGGAGUUCAAGGAUAUUGUCAAAAGGGGUUGGGAGCUACCAGUUAAGAAUUAUUCAAAUCCUUUACUUGGCUUUGCUGCUAACUUGAAGAAUGUUAAGAAGGAGCUAAAAGGGUCGAAUAAGGAUCAUUUUGGGGAUGCGUUCAAGGCUCUAAAGGAGGCUGAAGCUGCACUUUCUGAUAUACAAGAUAAAUUGUCUUCCAAUAAUGGUGAUGAUAAUAUAGUUUGUCAAGAAAAUAAGGCUAAAAAGAAAUUAUGGGAGGCAUUAAAGAGGGAAGAGACUCUUCUCAAGGAAAAGUCAAGAGUGAAGUGGUUGCAGCUGAGAGAUGGAAAUAAUAGUUUUUUUUAUAAGGCAAUGAGGGGAAGACAACAUAGAAAUAACACUCUAGAAAUUGAAGGAAGCAAUCGGGCUAUUGUGGAUGAUCUUGGUCUUAUAAAGAAUGAGGCUGUUGAGUUUUAUAAGAACUUGUUUGGGCCUAAGCAGAAGGAUAUGGUAUUCUGCCCUAGUGACAUCCCUUUGUGUGGUACCCUUUCCAUGGACCAGCAAGAGAUGUUCGCUAUAAAGAGCACAAAGGCCCCCGGACCAGACGAGUUUGGGGCUAGUUUCUUCAACACUCCUGGGAAAUUGUAG